AUGUCUGAAAAUAAUGCUGCAUUAAAACUAAAUGGGGAUAACUGGCCAGUCUGGAAAUUUCAAACAAGCAUCGUACUAAAAGGUCGUAGUUUAUUUGAAGUAGUGGAUGGAUCCAAAGUAAAACCAAGCACAGGAGUUGAAGAAAUAAAUAAGUGGAUGAAAGAAGAUGCAAAGGCCCAAGAAUUACUGGUAACAAGAAUGGAAGAAGGACCAUUACCGCAUGUACUGUCUUGUGAAUCGUCCAGAGAAAUGUGGAGUAAACUAAAAACAGUAUAUGACAAGGAAUCAGUGGUGAGUGUACACCUUUUACAAGAACCUUUCUUCUCACUGCAGUUUGAUUCAAGUGUUAGUACCUUUUUAUCUAAAAUAGAAGAAAUAAAAAUGAAAUUAAAAUCCGCUGGCGAAAUUCUAUCAGAGAAAAUGGUAAUAACCAAGAUCUUAAUGUCUCUCCCAGAGCAAUUUAAGCAUUUUAGAUCAGCGUGGGAAUCUGUUUCAGUAGAUAACCAAAGUCUCGAGGAGUUAACUUCAAUAUUACUUCUAGAAGAAAGAUGCAAGUCUUUGGAAAAUGCAACUGCAUUGGCAACUAAAACCAGUGAAAAACCUCAAGGAAAGAAAUGUUAUAUAUGUUCAAAGGUAGGCCAUAUUGCUAGAGAUUGUUAUUUCAGGCAAGAUGCCAAAGAAUGA